AGACCUACAGAACUGCGCUCAAUUCGGCGAACACCAAAGGGAGGGAAAAUAGAAAGAGAAAUGGAGCAAGCGACUCGCUGAGUCGACACUGUCACUGCUAAUACUCCCAAGUGUCUGCGACGGUUACUCGCCGGAACAGUAAGCUUCGAAGAACGUUUUCUCUUUGCCUGAACAUCGAGAUUUGUUCAUACCCUCAUUCAUGCUUUGAGGGCCGGCCUUACCUUAUUCAUAACUAAGUUAGGGCUUCGGGCCCUAAUUCUAAAAGGGCCUACUUACCACAAGAUAAUUUAGCAGAUCUGGAUUCUUUCUUCUCCUUUCAUAGUCACGCAGACCACAAAAAUCAUCAGCCAAAAUUGAAAAUCUCGAUUCUUACAAACUCAAAACUUCAAGGCUGUCAAGAAGACAAGAACUAAAACGGUUCAAACAAGCUAGGUUUAUCAAAAUGUACAUAAAGCAGGUCAUCAUCGAAGGGUUUAAGAGCUACAAAGAACAAGUUGCAACUGAUGAUUUCAGUCCAAAAGUUAACUGUGUUGUUGGUGCAAAUGGAUCUGGCAAAUCAAACUUCUUUUCAGCAAUUCGUUUUGUGAUAAGCGACCUCUUUCAUAACCUACGUAAUGAAGAUAAACACGCCUUCCUCCAUGAAGGAGCAGGACACCAAGUUCUCUCAGCUUUUGUUGAGAUUGUAUUUGAUAACUCUGACAAUCGCAUCCCAGUUGAUAAAGAGGAGGUGCAUCUACGAAGAACAAUCGGGACAAAAAAGGAUGAAUAUUUUCUUGAUGGGAAGCAUAUCACGAAAACUGAAGUUAUGAAUCUUCUAGAAAGUGCAGGGUUCUCCCGUUCCAAUCCAUAUUAUGUUGUGCAACAGGGGAAGAUUGCAUCAUUGACUUUGAUGAAAGAUGCUGAACGACUUGAUCUACUGAAGGAAAUUGGUGGGACCCGAGUUUAUGAAGAGAGAAGGCGUGAAAGCUUGAAAAUCAUGCAAGAAACUGGAAACAAGAGAAACCAGAUAAUUCAAGUUGUGCAAUACUUGGAUGAGAGAUUAAGAGAGCUGGAUGAAGAGAAAGCAGAGUUGAAAAAGUAUCAACAGCUUGAUAAACAGAGGAAGUCUCUAGAAUACACCAUUUAUGAUAAAGAACUUAAUGAUGCACGAAAGGAAUUGGUUGAGGUGGAUGAGGAGAGAAAUGCUAUAUCUGAGGAGUUAGUUAGGAAGUAUAAUGCAUCUGUAGAAGAAGAGGAAGAAGUAAAGAAAUUAGACAAGUCUUUUAAAGAUUUGACCAGAGAAGUUCAGGGUUUGACUAGAGAGAAACAGACAAUAGAGAAACAACGAACAGUAGCUGUUAAAAAGCACACUGAGGUUGAGCUUGAUGUGAAAGACCUUGAAGAGAAAAUCAUUGGGAGUAGUAAAGCAAAGGAUGAAGCUGGAAAGCAGCUUGAGGUUCUUCAGAGAGAAAUCAAAGAAUCCACAUCAGAGUUAAACAAAACCAAACCUUUAUAUGACAAACAAGUUAAAGCAGAAGAGGACAUCACCAAAGAAAUUAUGAAAAAAGAAAAGCAGCUGAGUGUACUCUAUCAGAAACAAGGUCGUGCAACACAAUUUCGUUCUAAAGCUGCACGUGAUGAAUGGCUACAAAAAGAUAUUGAUAAGUAUAACAAGGUUUUGUCCUCAAAUGAGAAACAGGAGAAUCUACUGAAUGAUGAAAUCAGUAAACUUGAGAGAGAUAUGGAAGCACAAGAAGAACAUGUCAAAAAUCGUCAAAAGGAGAUAAAUGCGUUAGAAGCUCGAAUAUCUAGUUAUCGCAAAGGUUUCAAUAAACAUAAGUCAAAAAGAGAUGAGCUUCAUGAUAAGCGAAAGGCUUUAUGGGGAACAGAAAGUGAAAUUACAGCUGAAAUCGAACGUCUUAAAUCAGAAGUUGUGAAAGCAGAAAAAGCCUUGGAUCAUGCUACUCCUGGGGAUAUAAGGAGGGGAAUCAGUACAGUUAGAAGAAUCUGCAGAGAGUACAGCAUUACAGGAGUGUUUGGUUCACUUAUCGAGUUGCUUGAAUGUGAUGAAAAUUUAUUCACAGCUGUUGAAGUUACUGCUGGAAACAGCUUAUUCCAUGUGGUGGUUGAAAAUGAUGACAUUUCAACACAAGUAAUUCGACACCUUAAUGCAGAGAAAGGUGGUAGAGUUACAUUUAUACCCCUUAAUCGUGUCAAAGCUCCUCAUGUCACUUAUCCAAAAACUUCUGAUGUGAUUCCUCUUCUCAAGAAAUUAAAAUAUUCUCCCAAUUAUGAGCAGGCAUUCUCUCAGGUGUUUGCUAGAACAGUGAUUUGUAGAGAUUUGGAUGUUGCUACUCGUGUUGCACGUACUGAUGGUUUGGACUGCAUUACUGUUGAAGGUGAUCAAGUUAGCAAAAAGGGUGGUAUGACAGGUGGAUUUUAUGAUAAAAGGCGUUCAAAGCUUAAGUUUAUGAACCUCAUUCGACAAAAUGCCUUGUCAAUCACUGAAAAGGAAAAUGAACUCCAAAAUGUCAGAUCAGAACUUCAAGUUAUAGACAAGGAAAUCAAUGCAUUAGUUGCUGAGCAGCAGAAAGAUGAUGCUGAGCUGGCACAUGAGAAAUCAGAAGUGGAACAGCUUAAACAAGAAGUUGCUAAUGCUAAGAAGCACAGCCUGAACAUCUCUAAAGCUCUUGAAAAGAAGAGGAAGUUGCUUGCAAAUGUGGAGACUCAAAUCGAGCAAGUGAAAAAUAAUAUUGAAAUGAAAAGAGAUGAAAUGAGAACAGAACUUGUUGAUCAUUUAAGCCCAGAGGAAAAGACUCUGCUCUCACGUUUGAAUCCUGAAAUAGCAGAACUUAAAGAAAGGCUUGUAGCCAGUAGAGCUACCCGAGUAGAGAUUGAAACAAGAAAAGCAGAGCUUGAGACGAAUCUAUCAACAAAUCUUGUUAGAAGGAGACAAGAACUGGAGGCAGUUCAACAGUCUCAAGAAGCUGAUAAUUUAAAUGGUGAAGUUGAUGCAAAGAAGCAGGAGCUUCUAGAGGCAAAAAUGGCUGUUGAAGAAGUGAAAAAACAGCUCAAAAGAGUUUCUGAAAGCAUAGAUGAUCGCAACAAGGAAAUCAAGAAAAUCAACAAGAAGAAGGCUGAUUCAAAGGCUCGUUUGGAGGAGUAUGAAAAGACACGCCAAAAUGAAGAUAAAAGAGCAGAACAACUUAUUAGUAGAAAAAACAUUUUACUUGCAAAACAAGAAGAGUUCAACAAGAAAAUUAGAGAAUUGGGUCCAUUAUCAUCAGAUGCCUUUGAAAUGCACAAGAAGAAGAGCAUAAAGGAAUUAUAUAAAAUGCUGCACAAGUGCAACGAGCAGUUAAAGCAGUUUAGUCAUGUAAACAAGAAAGCACUCGAUCAAUAUGCAAACUUUACAGAUCAAAGAGAAGAACUUCAGAAACGACAACAAGAGCUUGAUGCUGGUGAUGAGAAAAUCAAAGAGCUUAUAUCAGUGCUGGACCAACGUAAGGAUGAAUCUAUAGAGCGGACAUUUAAAGGUGUGGCUAAACAUUUUCGAGAAGUAUUUUCUGAACUUGUCCAAGGUGGUCAUGGGAUUUUGAUCAUGAUGAAGAAGAAGGAUGGCGAUCCUGUUGAUAAUGACUAUGAUGAGGAUGGGCCUCUACCUGACAGAGAGGGACGUGUUGAAAAAUACAUUGGAGUGAAAGUGAAGGUUUCUUUUACUGGACAAGGCGACACACAAUCCAUGAAGCAGUUAUCUGGAGGCCAAAAAACUGUAGUAGCAUUAGCUCUCAUAUUUGCCAUACAACGAUGCGACCCUGCUCCCUUUUACCUCUUUGAUGAAAUCGAUGCUGCACUUGACCCUCAAUACCGAACAGCAGUCGGAAGUAAUAAUCCUAUCCCUCCCUCUCUCAUACUUCAAGUUGAGGGCAUUUACGUCUUUUUCAUUUGCAAAUUUAGUAUAUUGUUGAGGGAGUUGACAAUUUGUUUGUUUGUAGAUAUGGUUCGGCGUUUGGCUGAUAUGGCAAACACACAGUUCAUCACAACAACGUUUAGGUCCGAACUGGUGAAAGUUGCUGACAAGAUUUAUGGUGUCACGCAUAAAAACCGUGUUAGUCGUGUCAAUGUUGUCACCAUGGAAGAGGCGUUGGAUUUCAUCGAGCAUGAUCAAUCCCAUAAUGCUGAAUGAGAUUAAUGGAAGAAAGGCUGUAGGAUUUAGUUUGGUAUUAUGUAUAAAGCCAGUAUGCGUCUUAUUGCAUUGUUAUUUGGUGUAUGUUUAGUAUUUGUUGUGAUGGUAGAAUUGAUUAAACUUUGGUCAAUGUUUGUGUUUAAUUGGAAACUAUAUUUGUACAAACUAAGCAGAUAGACAUAAUACUUUAAUCUCA